AUGAUUGGUUACAUCCUUUGUCAGCUGAUGUACAGUGACGUCACAGGAUAUAAGCUCGCUGAUAAGUUAUAUCUCAGCCCCCCGACCUACACAGCCCCCCGACCUACACAACCCCCCGACCUACACAACCCCCCGACCUACACAACCCCCCGACCUACACAACCCCCCGACCUACACAGCCCCCCGACCUACACAGCCCCCCGACCUACACAGCCCCCCGACCUACACAGCCCCCCGACCUACACAGCCCCCCGACCUACACAGCCCCCGACCUACACAGCCCCCCGACCUACACAGCCCCCCGACCUACACAGCCCCCCGACCUACACAGCCCCCCGACCUACACAGCCCCCCGACCUACACAGCCCCCCCCGACCUACACAGCCCCCCCCGACCUACACAGCCCCCCGACCUACACAGCCCCCCGACCUACACAGGCCCCCGACCUACACAGCCCCCCGACCUACACAGCCCCCCGACCUACACAGCCCCCCGACCUACACAGCCCCCCGACCUACACAGCCCCCCGACCUACACAGCCCCCCGACCUACACAGCCCCCCGACCUACACAGCCCCCCGACCUACACAGCCCCCCGACCUACACAGCCCCCCGACCUACACAGCCCCCCGACCUACACAGCCCCCCGACCUACACAGCCCCCCGACCUACACAGCCCCCCGACCUACACAGCCCCCCGACCUACACAGCCCCCCGACCUACACAGCCCCCCGACCUACACAGCCCCCCGACCUACACAGCCCCCCGACCUACACAGCCCCCGACCUACACAGCCCCCGACCUACACAGCCCCCGACCUACACAGCCCCCGACCUACACAGCCCCCCGACCUACACAGCCCCCCGACCUACACAGCCCCCCGACCUACACAGCCCCCCGACCUACACAGCCCCCCGACCUACACAGCCCCCCGACCUACACAGCCCCCCGACCUACACAGCCCCCCGACCUACACAGCCCCCCGACCUACACAGCCCCCCGACCUACACAACCCCCCGACCUACACAACCCCCCGACCUACACAGCCCCCCGACCUACACAGCCCCCCGACCUACACAGCCCCCCGACCUACACAACCCCCCGACCUUCACAACAAAACUUGUCUGGGCUGAGAGGAUAUUGCAGCUUCUACUACUGGCCCCUCACAUCAGGCGGCACCUACUGGGCCCUCACAUCAGCCAGCUCCUACUGGUCCCUCACAUCAGGCAGCACCUACUGGGCCCUCACAUCAGCCAGCUCCUACUGGACCCUCACAUCAGGCAGCUUCUACUGGACCCUCACAUCAGGCAGCUCCUACUGGGCCCUCACAUCAGGCGGCACCUACUGGCCCCUCACAUCAGGCGGCACCUACUGGCCCCUCACAUCAGGCAGCUUCAACUACUGGCCCCUCACAUCAGGCAGCUUCUACUACUGGGCCCUCACAUCAGGCAGCUUCUACUACUGGGCCCUCACAUCAGGCAGCUUCUACUACUGGGCCCUCACAUCAGGCGGCACCUACUGGCCCCUCACAUCAGGCAGCUCCUACUGGGCCCUCACAUCAGGCAGCUCCUACUGGCCCCUCACAUCAGGCAGCACCUACUGGGCCCUCACAUCAGCCAGCUCCUACUGGUCCCUCACAUCAGGCAGCACCUACUGGGCCCUCACAUCAGCCAGCUCCUACUGGGCCCUCACAUCAGGCAGCUCCUACUGGCCCCUCACAUCAGCCAGCUCCUACUGGUCCCUCACAUCAGGCAGCCCCUACUGGCCCCUCACAUCAGGCAGCACCUACUGGACCCUCACAUCAGGCAGCACCUACUGGCCCCUCACAUCAGGCAGCUCCUACUGGUCCCUCCCAUCAGCCAGCUCCUACUGGGCCCUCACAUCAGGCAGCACCUACUGGCCCCUCACAUCAGCCAGCUCCUACUGGGCCCUCACAUCAGCCAGCUCCUACUGGGCCCUCACAUCAGGCAGCUCCUACUGGCCCCUCACAUCAGGCAGCUCCUACUGGUCCCUCACAUCAGCCAGCUCCUACUGGCCCCUCACAUCAGGCAGCUCCUACUGGCCCCUCACAUCAGGCAGCACCUACUGGACCCUCACAUCAGGCAGCACCUACUGGCCCCUCACAUCAGGCAGCUCCUACUGGCCCCUCACAUCAGGCAGCUCCUACUGGUCCCUCACAUCAGCCAGCUCCUACUGGCCCCUCACAUCAGGCAGCACCUACUGGCCCCUCACAUCAGGCAGCUCCUACUGGUCCCUCCCAUCAGCCAGCUCCUACUGGGCCCUCACAUCAGGCAGCCCCUACUGGCCCCUCACAUCAGGCAGCUCCAACUGGCCCCUCACAUCAGGCAGCUCCUACUGGCCCCUCACAUCAGGCAGCCCCUACUGGCCCCUCACAUCAGCCAGCCCCUACUGGCCCCUCACAUCAGCCAGCCCCUACUGGCCUCUCACAUCAGGCAGCACCUACUGGCCCCUCACAUCAGGCAGCUCCUACUGGGCCCUCAUAUCAGCCAGCUCCUACUGGGCCCUCACAUCAGCCAGCUCCUACUGGGCCCUCACAUCAGCCAGCUCCUACUGGGCCCUCACAUCAGCCAGCUCCUACUGGGCCCUCACAUCAGCCAGCUCCUACUGGGCCCUCACAUCAGCCAGCUCCUACUGGCCCCUCACAUCAGCCAGCUCCUACUGGCCCCUCACAUCAUGA